GUUGCUUCCUCGUUAUUUCUCCCUGCCCCCCAGAAAGACCAUCAUGUAAAAGCGCGUUCAUCCUUCUGUGAAUCCUGUUUAUAAAUUAUAUCAGAAUAGAAAUGUAGACUUUUAUUUUUAAUGGCUGUGAUUUUUGAAUUAUCUACAGUUGCAUUGGACAUGCCAUGGGGACAAGGCAACACUGUUCAGUAACGAUAUCAACCAAACCAGGAAAUGUCCAAACACAGGGAGAGCAUCAUGUCACGAUCAGAGUUAACAAGGGAGCUCUUGGGCCGGUACAUCUCAGACACCCUCAGCCACAUUAACACAGUGAGGGAGUUCUGCGACAGGCAUUCCAAAUGGGCCCUUCAGAGGGAGAAAGAACUGGAAAUGAUGAGGGACAUCAAGGAGAGGGCAGACAGAAUCAACCUUAAGUUCGACCAUGUCCGUAACUCAGCGACCAAGCCCAAGGCGUUUGGGGAGUUCUUAUGGAGCGGUCUGACCCAGGUGACUGCAGACAGUAGGCGUGAGGAGCUGGAGAAGGAGCUGGGGGCUGUACUAAAGGACACUCUGGGAGGCCUGGAGAAGCUGGAUUACUUCCUGGAUGCUAUGGAGUGUCUGGCGGUCACCUGUCUGUUGGUGUUUGAGGAGAACAGGUUCUUCUGUCUGGGGAAGAGCCCUGCCAGUGUUCAGGCUGUCAUCAUUGCUGCCAGAAUGACCUGCCCUCUCCUCAUCCACUUUAAGAGGGAUGCUAAGGCCUUCUUUAGGCCCAGCCUCCUCAAUGUAGAGGUGCUGGCCUUCCAGCUGGAUAGAUACAUACAAAUCAGCCAGCAGCUCUGUAAGAGGAUGGAGAAAGGUAGCUCCAUCAGUCAAAUGCUGUUUUGGGAAAAGAAGAAUGACAUCCCUGUGGUCAACCUUGGUGAUGUGAGGGAAGAGUCCAUACAAAAUAUGCUGGAUCAUUUGAAUCAGCUGAGUGAUAUCAGGAUGGACCAGCACCUCAGACUGACGUUCCUGUUCCAAGAGGCUGCUCAGUGCUUCAUUGGCCGGUUCAGCCAGCGCCGACCCAGGAUGGAGCAGUUUCUGACCAAGCUGGAGGAGAGUGCUGUGCAGCUGGACAGGAUGAAGCUGGGGGCUAAGAUCUCCAGUGUGGCAGGCAGCUCAGUGGGGGUGGCUGGAGGGAUCCUAUCCAUCGUGGGCUUAGCUCUGACCCCUGUCACUGCUGGGGUGUCACUGGCUCUCACCAUUGCAGGGGUCAGCCUGGGGGUCACCAGUGGGGUCAACAGUUUAACCACUGGCAUCACAGAGAUGAAGGUCAAUAGCAUCCAUGAGAAGAAAGCCAGUGAAUUCUUCCAGAGUUUCAUGGAGGACGUGGCGAGUCUCCAGGAGUGUCUGGAGGAUGUGGCCAGGAAUAUGGAGCCCAUCCUGGGGCAGAGAGGGGUGGACGUCGUGCUGGGAGCAGGGAAUGUGAUUGCUAGAGGUGGGGCCAUCGUAAAAGGCAUCGACUCCAUAGUGGACUGUGCCUCGACUCUGAGUGUGAAGGCCCUUGCAAAGGAAAAUUUGAUCGCAAGUGCUGGUAAGUUGGCGCUCCAGGAAGGCAAAGCAGCACGAAACCUGCCCAAGCUAGCAGGGGACAUCCCGGACAUUGGACAGGUGGCCAAAGGCACCCCACUCGCCCUCUCCAGCUCAGCGCGGGCUGGUUUCAUCACCCUCAACGCCCUCUUCAUUGGCCUGGAUGUUUUCUUCAUCUGUAAAGACAGUGUGAGCCUGGCCAAAGGCAGUAAGAGUGAGAUCUCCCAGCUCAUCCGUGCCAGAGUGGCAUUGUGGCGCAGAGAGCUGGACUCCUGGCAGAGGAUUCAUGACUCGCUGUGUAUAGGAAUUUGGAAGUUCAGAAAGUGCCAGAGAAUCCUGGAGCAGCCUUUUUACCCUCCUGGAGGAGAAUCUGAAAGAGAGAAAAAAUGGAUGUGUAUGACACAGUAGGACAACAUCAAUGACUUACCAGUUUGAAGUUAGGGCCUCAAAACAUACUGUACAGUUGCACAUACUGUACAUUGCCUGUCUGUGAGUCAUUUUGAUUAUGCAUUUUACUUGAUUCUCCUUAAUUUUUUCAUAAUUGAAUGUAAUAAAUAAAAAUGAAGCCAAUUUAAUUAAAUGUAUCCAGCUUAGCACUUAUUCAGAGUAGUCUGUUUAAUGUCAUGGCCUGUUUCCAAGGAUGUGUUCAGUCAAAAUACUGAAAUAAUAAA